CCGUGGGUUUCCGUGGCACCACCCAGGGUUCGGAAUCAUCCGGUCGCGCGAUCUCCCCCCACUUGCCAGCGCUUUCUCGAUCGUUCUCGGCCUCUCGCUCCUCCUCCCAGCCGCCGCCCUCCAUUCGCCGUCGCUUCCGCCGCCGAUAUCCCACCGCCCAGUCAGUUAUUGUAUCUCGCUGCUCCUGUCGGUAAUCCUAUGACGUGUUUCCAUUUCGCUCUCCUCUGCUCUUCCAGUUGUUCCAACAAUGGGGUGUGAUUCGUUGUUUCACUAAAAUCUUCUGUUUGAGUUAUCCUCAGGAGUGUCCAGUGAGUUUCCUUUCAAUUUCCGUUGCGAGGCGGUUGACUUUGGUGCUAGCGUUCUUCUAGAUCUCUCGACGCGUUCCAUUCUUUUGUGUUGGAGUUGCUAGGUCUAUUCUUUUGAUUAUGAUUUGAGUGUUGUCCUUGACUUUGCGGUGACAGGAGCUUGAUAGGUUAAACUAGUGAUGAUUCGACUUGCAGAAAUCUAUGACAUUUUUGGCUUAUUUGUUAAACGUCUGUUCCACUGAGCGAUAUUUUCCCCCCUACGCUUGGCUUAUUCAUCUGAUAUAUGUCGGUAUCGAUUGUUUAAUUUUUGUAUUUGUUGAUGGGUGGAUUAAACCAUGGUCUACGUGCAUUCAGAUAGGAAUCUGUAUGACAUAUGGUCCGUAUGUGCUGGAUUUCUUUGAUAUUGUCUUGUUACUGUCCAUAUCUUUUGUUCUUUAGAACAUAAUAUUUGGGGGCGAUAAAGUUGAUCUUUUUUUGAACUCAUCAGAAUGCAUUAGGUGUAGAAAAGUCACCUCACCGUCAGCAAAUUCUUUGUAUCUCAACAUGAUUAUAUAGUAGAUUUCUUUGUUGACUCCAGCACUGGGCGUGUAUGCCUAAUUCAAGGAGAUAACUGCCAAAAGUGAGACCACCUGAAAAACCACAUGAUAGCACAGAAAAGUAAAGAAGAGUCGUUUUUCUACCCGACUGGAUUACUAACAUCCGUUAGGAACCCAUACUUGUUUGGUGUUCUAUUCACUUCGCAUGGUUCAGCUGAAAAAGAUAAAAGGACCGUAACGUAAAUUAUGAUUUGGUUUAAGGAUUUAUUUCUCCACUUAAACCAAAACUAGGUUUCCAUUGGCUGCCUAAAUCAAUGAAAGAGCAAGAAUAUGUUUUUCUGGAUAACUCCAUGUCCAAGCAGGAAGUUUUCCAACUUCCAUCUGCUAGAAUCCUAGAAUUUGCACUCCUGGUGCACAUAGGGACCUAUAUCUGAGCUUGGAAAUGUUCAUACAAGCCAUCACGUUCAGUCCAUCAUUUCUCAUAAUUACAGUAAGUAAUAUUUUUCGAACAAAAAUAAGCAAUAAGAUAAUACUAUAUGCAUACAUUAUGUUAAUUUUUUGUGGUUCUCUGACUUCUGACUAAUGACUGAAUUUAGUAUGCGGUAUUGGUUCUCUGGCUUAUGUAGGCAGCACAGGGUCAAUCUACUAUACAGUAGAUAUACAGUAUAUAGGGGCGAUAUGUGAUCAUUGUCAUAAUUUUUUUAAAUAUUUAGAAUGAUAAAAAUUACUAAUUUACACACAAUAGAGCAUCUUUAUUAAGUAUCAACACAUCCACUUUAUACUCCCACUGUCCCACAGAGAAAAAAUUAUGUCAAUCAUACAAUACAAAACAUAUAACAACAAAUAUGAAUUAAAAAAAAUUAAAAUUGAUCCAACUAAUUUUUUUUUUUAAUUUUUAUUUUUUGUCCACAUGUAAACUGUAUGUCAUAUGUAGUCACUAUGUGUUCACUUCCAAAUUCCCCUAGGAGGCUGCAUAUGACCCCCAAAUGAAUACUUUUUUAAAACAUGAUUAGCUUAAUGUUCCUAAUAUUAAUAAGGAAACUCAAAGUUUGCAGCUUGGAUGACUUUAUGCUUGAAUUGAUUGUGCCAAGCUAGGUGGCAACUAGCUGAGUUAAUAAGGAAACAUGAUCACUUUUGAAAUUUUAGACAAAUUUUUUAGUAUUGUACCUAAAAUUUUAAUGGCAACUAACUGAGUUUUCUGUUGCCUUAGUUAAUUUUGGAACUGAUUCAAUCUUUAUGUCAUAAAAACUGUUAACUAUGUCUAGUUCUAGACUACUGUGUUAGCUGUUGAUAAUUCAAAUGCUUGAGUAUCUUGCAUAAUCUUAUUUCACACUAUAGAUGAUAUUAUUCCUCGUCUGAAUGUAGAAACUUCUGCCAAAUGUUUCAGUUUAAUGGAAAAGUUCAAACACUUUAGUAUAGUUUGCACUUUAAAUUGUAGAUUCUUUAGCAGCCUUCAUCCACUAGCUUAGUUAUUACGAUUAUAAUUUAAUUUUUCUUAUAGGUUUCAAUCUCCAUUCUACACUUAUAUUCUUUUGCUUAUGGCUUAUUUCUUCUACUCAUGCUUAUUUUUCUUGUGGUACAGAGCUAUCCCACUUUUUUUUUUGUUGAUGGAUCAAGAUAAUUCUAUGAUGGACUCACCUCGACGUAGGCAUGGCCUAUUAAGAGAUCAAGUUCAGUUGGUGAAGAGAAAGGAUUCUGAUCGUUAUGAAAUUGUUCCAAUUCAAGAUCCACUGUCUUUUGAAAAAGGUUUCUUCAUAGUAAUAAGAGCAUGCCAGUUAUUGGCCCAAAAGAAUGAUGGGAUAAUUGUGGUUGGGGUAGCUGGUCCUUCUGGUGCUGGGAAGACUGUAUUUACUGAGAAAGUUCUCAAUUUCAUGCCAAGCAUUGCUGUCAUAUCUAUGGACAACUACAAUGAUUCUAGUCGCAUCAUUGAUGGAAAUUUUGAUGAUCCACGGUUAACAGAUUAUGACACUUUGCUUGAAAAUAUUCGCGGACUAAAAGAAGGGAAAUCUGUUCAGGUGCCCAUAUAUGAUUUCAAGUCAAGCAGUCGCAUCGGAUACAGGACUGUUGAUGUCCCAAGCUCUAGGAUUGUUUUUCUUGAAGGGAUCUAUGCUUUGAGUGAGAAGUUGCGCCCUUUACUUGAUCUACGGGUUUCUGUGACUGGUGGUGUACAUUUUGACCUUGUUAAAAGGGUUUUGCGGGACAUACAGCGUGCCGGACAAGAACCUGAAGAGAUAAUUCAUCAAAUUUCAGAAACAGUUUAUCCAAUGUACAAGGCAUUCAUUGAGCCAGACUUGCAAACAGCACAUAUAAAAAUCUCCAACAAGUUCAAUCCAUUUACAGGCUUCCAGAAUCCAACCUACAUUCUAAAGUCACCAAGAAGUGUAGCAGUGGAUCAAAUCAAAGCUGUUCUUUCUGAAGAACACAAAGAAGGUACAGAAGAAACCUACGAUAUAUACCUAUUGCCACCAGGUGAAGAUCCAGAAGCAUGCCAAUCUUAUUUAAGAAUGAGAAACAGGGAUGGGAAGUACAAUCUUAUGUUUGAGGAAUGGGUAACUGAUAGUCCCUUCAUCAUAUCACCCAGAAUUACUUUUGAAGUUAGUGUGCGUCUUCUCGGUGGGUUAAUGGCGCUAGGCUAUACCAUUGCAGCUAUUCUGAAGAGAAGCAGUCAUGUGUUUUCUGAUGACAAGGUGGUUGUAAAAAUUGAUUGGUUAGAACAACUUAAUCGCCAAUAUGUUCAGGUGCAAGGAAAAGAGCGACUGUAUGUUAAGCAUAUAGCGGAGCAAUUGGGUCUGGAAGGUGCUUUCAUUCCUCGUACUUACAUUGAGCAGAUUCAACUUGAAAAGCUCGUGAAUGACGUGAUGGCCCUGCCAGAUGAUUUAAAGACAAAGCUCAGCAUAGAUGAUGACAUGGUCUCUAGUCCUAGAGAAGCACUUUCACGGGCAUCUGCUGAUAGGGUUGCCAUGAGAAAUAAAUUUCUGAAAAGUGGAAUGUCCCAUUCCUUCUCUACGCAAAGGGAGAAAAAUAUUGCCAAACUCAGACUUGACGUCAACCAGAGAAGGUUCGAGAAACAACCACCUGAGUCACCUGCAAUCAGUCGGGAAGCUGUUAAUCAUCUAUCAGAGCAGAUUUCAGCUCUAAAUGAAAGAUUUGAUGAGUUUAGUUCACGAAUGGAAGAAUACAAUAAGAAGUUUAGCUCACAGAGAACUUCUAUGAGCCAGCAGAACUUGGCCCUCCAAGGGGAAGCUUGUAAUGGCUCUGUCCCAACAACAUUGUUUGUGUCUAACUUGGGCAAUGGCACCCUUUUGCCUACCUCAUCAUCUUCUUCCCAACUGAAUAAGGAUUCUCCCCUACUGGAUGAGCUAAUGCUCGUCUCACGGGGUCAGCGGCAAAUCAUGCAUCAACUGGAUAACCUUAACAAUUUGAUGCACGAGCACUUGCCUUUGUUGUCCCAAAAAGGCUUAACCGAUAACAGAAGUGGAUCGCUUGACUGGAAUAUGAUAGGGGUAUUAGCGAUGGGUUGCAUUGGCAUUUUUCUGUUCAAAAAUCUGAACAGGAAUUAAAAUGAACCCUCAACUUCUAUUUGACAUGAACCUUAGGAUCGUGAUUGAUGACUUUGAGAUAUUAACCUCUUCAUGCUACACAAUUGGUGCAGGGCCUUAGGCUCAGAUGGGAUCUAAUGAAAUCUACCAAGCUAACACACGCUACAAUUUUGCAGGAGUCGUGGUGCACCUCUCUUUAUUUCUCUAUUUUCCUUUUUGUUUUAGUUUUUUGUUUCUGAAGAGCUACAGUUGAAUUUGUACAUUUCAGACAGCAGAACUUAUAGUUAAAAAAUCAAUGGCACGGAGAACCACUAUUUAUUUAUU